AUGGCAUUGGUCUUGUCGACCCAGUUUGACUUUCGGAAGUCGUAUUUUCUCUUUGCCGGCAUUGCUGGUGUCAAUCCCCAUUAUGCCACUGUCGGUAGCGUGGCAAUCGCUCGCUACGCAGUCCAAGUUGCCCUUCAAUAUGAGAUUGAUCCCCGGUCGUUGCCGCAAGAUUGGCCAACUGGGUACAUCUCCUAUGGGCGUGACUAUCCCCUUCAGUACCCUUCCGUACUGUAUGGGACUGAGGUUUUUGAAGUCAAUGAAAAUCUUAGGCAGGCAGCUUUUUUAUUGGCAUCUAAAUCCAGUCUCAAGGACCAAAAAGGACCGCAGGAAUAUCGGUCAAAGUACUCAGGCGGCGGAUACCGCGAUACUAUGGCCACACAGGCGCCCAGUGUUGUCAAAUGUGACAUCGCUACCAGUGACGUCUAUUAUUCAGGGACCAAGCUUGCGGUCGCUUUUGAAAAUACAACAACUCUAUGGACGAAUGGCUCUGGUGUAUACUGCAUGAGUGCUCAAGAAGAGAAUGCCACUCUUGAAGUAAUGGUUAGGGCAGCAAUUGAAGGUCUCGUUGAUUUUGCGCGAAUCAUACUUGUGAGAGCUGGGUCAAACUUUGAUCGACCGCCACCUGGUCUCUCGGAUUGGGAACACUUAAGGCGGACCGAUCAGAAUGGUUUCAUGAUUGCCAUAGAAAAUUUGUUUAAUGUUGGCAUCGGCAUUGUUCGGGGCAUCGUUUCCGAUUGGAACUGCACGUACCAGCGAGGAAUCGAGCCGACCAACUACAUAGGCGACAUUUUUGGCAGUCUGGGUGAAGAACCGGACUUUGGAUUUGGAAGUAUUACGGAAGGGAAGAAGAUCAGUGCCGGGGGUUACAACCUUGGUUUAGCUAACGUUGAGAUGGAAAGACGGAAAGGCUUUGGGCUCAGGGCCAUACUAAAGUGA